GUCUUUCCUCACCACGACCUCCAGUGCGAAGCCAUGGCUGGUGUGUCAAGAGAUCCGGAGCAUAGGUUGCGCGUUACUCUCUAUUCGGCGCAUGGCCUCGUCAAACGUGAUCUUUUGGGACUCCCAGACCCAUUCGCAGUCUUGACCUGCGAUGGUGAACAGACCAACAACACCGCCAUCGUCCGAAAAACAUUAUCUCCUGCUUGGAAUGAGCAUUUCGACAUCGUCGCCCGUGAAUCGUCCAUGAUUGCCAUCGAGAUAUUCGACCAUAGAAAAUUCAAGAAACCCAAUCAAGGAUUUCUCGGUGUAAUAAACAUCCCUGCAACCGACGCCAUUACUGCCGCUAAUUCACAAACUGAAUUCAUCACCAGGGAUCUGACCAUGUCGAGCAACAAUUUACCGGUCUAUGGCAAGAUAAUCUUUGGCUUUUCCUACACCAACCAACCCCCUCCUUCGACCGCGCCUGCCAGCUCAGAAGCGUCUUCGUCAACAAUUGCCAGUUCAAGUUACGCUUCUCGACCAGCAUCUACCACCCCAAGCAUUCCUUCCAGCACAUCUUCAUAUGUCCCCCAGUCCAACGUUGAUCGCAGCAGAUCGUUGAAUCCUGUGCCUAGCCUACGUCCAUCGCCUAGUCAAGUUGCUUUGGGGUCUUCACCCUCACAAAGCCAGUUCUCCUCCCGGCCUACCUCUGUCCAGUCAACCAGCACCCAAAGUCGACUUUUAGAUGAUGAUAUGGGUGCCCCCCUACCUCCUGGAUGGGAGCGUCGUAUAGAUGGUCAAAGCCGCACAUAUUACGUCGACCAUAACACCCGCACAACAACAUGGCAUCGGCCGCAGCUUCAACAAACUGUCGCUACUCCUCGAGUUCCCGCACCCCAAAUCGGAUCAGUUCCCGCCCGUACUCCGAGCGCGGUUGCUGCCACGGCGCCUCCGCCCCCUGCGACAAGCAACUACGCCGAUGUUCCAUUACCGAUGGGGUGGGAGGAGCGACGUACCCCAGAGGGCCGUCCUUACUUCGUUGACCACUCAACACGGAGUACUACUUGGGUCGACCCUCGACGAGGUCAACAACCUGCAGCGCCUCCUGCCACGGUCAACAAUCCUAAUCUUGGCCCCCUCCCGUCUGGAUGGGAAAUGCGACUCACAUCAACAGCAAGAGUAUAUUUUGUUGAUCAUAAUACAAAGACCACCACAUGGGACGACCCACGUAUUCCCACUGCGCUCGACGACAGCGCACCCCAGUACAAGAGAGACUAUCGUCGCAAGGUUGUUUACUUCAGGAGUCAACCCAAGAUGCGUGUAUUGAAUGGAAAAUGCGAGAUCAAAGUCCGCCGAGCCCACAUUCUGGAAGACAGUUAUGGGUCGGUGAUGGCUUUGACUUCAGAAGACCUCAAACGACGGCUAAUGGUCAGCUUUGACGGCGAAGAUGGUUUGGACUACGGCGGUGUAGGCAGGGAAUGGUUUUUCCUUCUCAGUCACGAGAUAUUCAAUCCCAGUUACGGACUAUUCGAAUACUCAGCACAUGACAACUACACCCUCCAAAUCAACCCAGCGUCAGGCAUUAAUCCUGACCAUCUAAGCUACUUCAAGUUCAUUGGACGUUGCUUGGGCCUUGCUAUCUUCCACCGACGAUUCCUCGACGCAUACUUUGUUCCAAGCUUUUACAAGAUGAUUCUUGGCAGACCAAUGCUCCUGGGAGACUUGGAGGCUAUAGAUGCAGAUCUGCAUCGAUCUUUGAACUGGAUGCUGGAUAAUGAUAUCACCGAUGUUCUCGAUGAGACAUUUUCCACAACCGAAGAGCGUUUCGGCGAACACGUGACCAUCGAGCUCAAACCAGGCGGUGAAGAUAUGCCAGUAACAGAAGACAACAAGAAGGAAUACGUCGACGCGGUUGUUUCGUAUCGUAUUGCCCGCAGAGUCAAGGCUCAAUUCGAUGCUUUCAUGGAAGGACUGUUGGAGCUUGUUCCAACAGAGCUCAUCAACGUAUUUGACGAACGCGAACUCGAGCUGCUAAUUGGGGGCAUGUCUGAAAUUGACAUGGACGACUGGACCAAAUUCACUGAUUACCGCGGAUACGAGAAGAGCGACAAGGUCAUCGAGUGGUUCUGGCAAUGUGUUCGAUCAUGGCCAAGCGAACGCAAGUCGCGUCUACUGCAAUUCACAACAGGUACAUCGCGGGUACCUGUCAACGGAUUCAAAGAUUUGCAAGGCUCGGAUGGGCCUCGAAGGUUUACGAUCGAACGAAGUGGUGAUCCUCAUGGUUUGCCUCGAAGCCACACUUGUUUCAAUCGUCUCGACCUUCCUCCCUACGAAGAUUAUGAAAGUCUCGAGACCAAAUUAAUCUUUGCCAUCGAGGAGACAGAAGGCUUCGGUCAGGAAUGA